AUGUGUACUGUCGAUGGUUUGCAAUGUGGAUAUCCAACUGUGAGCGCGAGGGUAAUUGGUGAGCUUAUCUCCAGCAAGGUGCAAGGAAAUUGUGUAACCCCAUUGAGACCAAAGGAAAUAAUGGAAGAGAUGAAUCGCAAGUGGGGAUUGCAAUGCCUAUAUGGUAAGGCCUGGCAAGCAAAGGAGUACGCGGAGAGUCUUGUGUUCUGUCCACCAGAAGAGUCAUUCCAACUCCUCCCCUCGUAUUUCCAUAUAUUGGAACUCGCUAUCGAUGCCACACAUCUGAAAGGCAAAUUCAAGGGUAUUCUGUUUGUGGCGGUAUGCAAAUAUGCGAAUGAGCAGAUAUAUCCACUUGCAUUUUGCAUUGGCCACGUCGAAGACGAAGAGUCUUGGUCGUGGUUUCUUAAACAAUUGCGUCGUGUGAUUGGUUUUUCUGAAAAUGAAAUGUUCAUUUUUGAUCAGUAUCUUGGCAUUAAGAAUGCAGUUGAGAAAGUGUACAAGGAUGCUCAUCACGGUUUAUGCAAUUACCACUUAGGGAAAAACGUUAAAAACAAGUUCAAGUGCGAAGAUGUUGCAGCGAUUUUCACCAUGGCCGCCAACUACUAUAGGGUUGCCAAUUUUGAUAGACAUAUGAAUCAACUGAAACAGCUUUGCAAACCUGCUUAUGACAGCCUUAUGAGAUUAGGCCCUAAAAGAUGGGCACAUGCACAAUCACUAGUGAGGCGAUACAAGCUAAUGACAUCCAACACUGCGGAGUGUAUUAACUCCUGCCUAAGGCAUGGAAGAAAGAUACUAAUAACGGUGUUGAUCGAGUGUAUCAGAGGCAUGUUUCAACGUUGGUUCCAUGACCAGCACAAUGAGGCAUUGAAUUUGAGCACGCCCCUCAACCCUUAG